AUGACGAAGGUGGCCGCCCGCUUCGCAGCGCCCUGGGGACAUCACGACCCCCAGAAGCUCCGUGAGGAUCUGGUUGAGGCCCAGAUCGACUUUAGCCAGACACGGUAUGAUGGUCGUACUGACCUUCCAAGCUGUAUGGAUGUGUGGGUCGACAACAUCAUGUGCGACAGCAUGUCCUGUAAAUCCAAAUGCUGGCUGAAAUUCUUCAAUGCCAAGAAUGCGAAGACGGAGAUUACCGGUCGCGUCCCCUGGUACGACCUCAAUGCUCAAUGCCCGGAGCUCACAGGUCACAGCCAUGGUGAUCAAGCCUUUUCCGGUCGACACUCCAUGUAUGCCGUAUUUCACUACAUUGCGGUGGUUGACAGGCAGGAGGAAAGCGCACUCAUCAAGAUACGAUAUUCAUAUAUAUAUAUAUAUUACUAUUUCAUUCAACUUCACUCUUGGAGCUCCAUUCAGAUUCUGGUUUUUCCCUUUGAGGUCUCCGCUGUGACGAGCUCAACUGCGGGCCUGCGUUCAUCAAGGUGA